UCUCUCGGUGUUUCCGGGAAGUUCCCUCCAACAGGAUGAUUGUGUACACAAGUUGUUCAAGUUCUAUGUAAACAGUUUCGGCAUGGGUAGUGCGGAUGCCGAUACGUGCAGACAUACUCAUUUCCUGUGCUGAUAGAACACUGCUUCAGAGGACUGACGUCUGCUUGUAAGACUCCUCACUCGACCAUUCAUCAUGCAGCAUGGGGAAUGCACAUGUAUGGAGCUGGCAUUGGAAGGCGAAAGACUUUGCAAAGCUGGAGACUGCCGCACUGGUGUUCAGUUUUUUGAGACUGCCGUCCAAGUGGGAACGGACGACCUGAGGACACUGAGCGCCAUCUACAGUCAGCUCGGCAAUGCGUACUUCUAUCUUCAGGAAUACGCCAAAGCGCUCGAGUACCACAAACACGAUUUGAAUCUGGCAAGGGCUCUGUCAGACAAAAUGGGUGAAGCGAAGGCAAGUGGAAACCUGGGGAAUACGCUCAAAGUACUCUGUAAAUUUGAUGAGGCGAUUGCAUGCUGUGUGCGACAUUUAGACCUCUCGCGGGAGAUGGCCGAUAAGAUUGGUGAGGCCAGAGCUCUGUACAACUUAGGGAAUGUCUACCAUGCGAAGGGAAAACACAUAGGGAGGACUGGCCAUCAGGAUCCGGGGGAGUUUCCACCGGAAGUCAAAGACUGUCUUCAGAAAGCAGCUCAGUACUAUGAAGAGAAUCUGAAAAUAGUUCGUAACCUUGGAGACCGAGCAGCCCAGGGCCGUGCUUGUGGGAAUCUAGGCAACACACAUUACCUACUCGGUAACUUCAGUCAGGCUAUACUGUACCACGAAGAGAGAUUAGCAAUAGCCAAAGAGUUCGGUGACAAGGCAGCGGAGAGAAGGGCAUACACAAACCUCGGCAAUGCUCAUAUAUUCCUCGGAGAGUUCGAAGUUGCUGCUGAUCAGUACAAAAAAAGUUUACAAAUCGCCAAACAGUUAGAAGACCAGGCAUUAGAGGCCCAGGCAUGCUACAGUCUGGGCAACACGUACACGCUACUCCGAGAUUACGACAGAGCCAUCGAAUUCCACAUGAGACACUUACAGAUAGCUCAGCAGCUACACGACCGAGUCGGGGAGGGCCGGGCGUGUUGGAGUCUCGGCAAUGCUCACCUGGCCCUGGGCAACCAUGAAACAGCUAUGCAGUUUGCAACACUCCACCUGGAGAUUUCUCAAGAGAUUGGUGAUGAGACUGGACAGAUGACCGCACAGAUGACACUAACCGAUCUGAGGACAACACUGGGCAUGCCCGACAAUGUCAAAGAAAGAGUUAAAAUAACUAGUACGACUGGACAGAAAGAGCCUGAAAAAGGACAGGAUGUCCCCGACGUUGGUAUCAGUCGACCAAACCGAGGACGAAGAUUAAGUAUGGAAAAUAUGGAACUGAUGAAGUUAACUCCAGACAAGCAGAAGAACAACAAAAACCAGUUGAAUUCUGGCGCCCGGCCAAAGGUUCAGAAGUCGGCGACGCUAACCACUGAGUUGGAGUACUCUCAGCACGAGGAGAAGACCAACAGCUCCAGCAGAUUGACACACGCCCAUAGUUCAGCAGGCAGCGAAAAGGCUGACGAAGAAGAUGACAGUUUCUUUGAUUUGCUGAGUCGGUUUCAGAGUCGACGUAUUGAUGAUCAGAGGUGCUCUAUUCGACUGGCGGAGAAUGGUGGCGUAGCUACACCCAAAGAGAAACCCUCCAAACCAAGUGUUGCUGCUCAAGUUGCUUCGCCGGGUGCGGAUGACUUCCUUGACAUGGUUGCUGGAAUCCAGGGUUCACGGAUGAACGACCAACGGGCUGAACUGGCCACGUUUCCCGGGCUUAGUUCCCAGGCUAUGAUUGGUCAGUUGCUGCAGAGUAAAACCGAAGAAACUCUACCAGACGACAGCUUCUUUGAGAUGUUAAUGCGGUGUCAGGGUACACGGUUAGAAGACCAGCGGAGUGCGCUGCCACAGAUACCGCCAGCACCCACAGUUCCCGAUGAAGACUUUUUUAAACUCAUCCAGAAAGUUCAGUCGAGUAGACUAGAAGAACAAAGGACUUCCAUGCCUAAAGAUCAAGUUUCUACAGGAAUCUUUAAAAAAUCCACCAAUUCAUCAGGAAAGAAGAAAAAGAAGUGAACAGGCACUGUAAUUUUUAUUGUGAAAUGGCACUUUUCAAAAAUAACUGACAAGCUCGUGAAGCUUGGAGGUAGAGACCUCUACUUGGAAGUGUCUGCCCAUGAACGGAUUAAGAGGAGCAGAACCUUAGCAUUAGUAGCUUGGUGCCAACAGCUUUGUGUGCAGGCUAGCAACGAUGUGUUUUCAGGGAUGCAAUCUAACUGUGCUUUUGUCUGCUAGCCAGAGAAAAGGAACUGAUCAUGUCAAGAACUGUUUAUGCUGACGCAUUUUGAUCAGUUUGUGGUUGUGUUUAAAGCCUUUAGGGAGGUGACGUUAUUGAUGCCUUUGUGUACAUUUUCAUGACUCACUGGCAUGGAUUUAAAAAAAAAAAUUAAAAUUAAAAAAAACCUUUCUAAUAUUUUUUAAACACAAAACAGUGUCAUGAGGAAGUUACAAGUGAUCGAAUAUGUGCUCAAACGGGAAAUUAUUUAUGAAGAUAAAAUGUACGUAAUUGUUUGCUUUCCCUAUUAAAUAUUUAACAGAU